UUUUAAAUGUUAACUCGCUCUGUUUUUGUUUAAAACGCGGGUAUUCAUCAUUUAACUGGUAUAACACGUAUAAUAAGUAACGUAUCGUUUAAAACAGUUGUCAUAUGCCUUAUUUGUAUUUCAUUCAACUUAUUUAGCUUUAGUUAGGGCAUUAAUGUGAUUGGCUAAGUUGGAUAACUGAAACUGGAACUCAGUUAAUGUAAACUUCGCGUUGUUGAUAAAUAUUUUCAUUGGGAGCGCAGAACAAUCCAACAAUGAAGACCUCAGGAAAAGCUGAAACUAACGAUGAGCGUUUACCAGUUGCUUCCCUUCGUCUUCUGGCCCCACCCCUGAGACUCGUCUCCGCCGCAGUGUGGAAGGUGAUGCAGCAGCGUGAUGUGAUGCAUUAUGGAAAGCUGGAGGAAUUUGUGACCUCAGUUUCAGAGACUGUACCUGGGUUGCUAAGUUACAGACAUCAGGCCAAGCUCACUGUGGGUCUGCAGGCACGGCUGAUCCUGGAUCAACUUCGCAUGUCCCAGUCUCCUGACCCUGAGCUCAUUCUCCCUCAGCUGGAAAGACUGCACCCUCCCACCCUAUCCAAAGGGAAAAGAAAGGACCAAAAAGUCGAAAUGGCUGUGAAGAACUUCCACACCCUUGUCCACACUCUGCUCAAGUCCCCAGCAUUGAGGAGGCAGUUCUUCCAGGAGGAGUUUGACUCUCAGUAUGGACCACAGUACGACUCUGCCCUCGAAAAGCUGCUGUGGGAGUUUCUGACCAGACUGGACCAGCUGCUUCCAGUCCCAGAUCUUGCCCAGACUGUGUCAUGGCUUAGUGCUGCCCCAGCUGUGCUGGAAGAGUGUGCACGCUCUGCAACUCAGCCACAGCUCCUCCGGACUCUGCUGCAGCAUGAGAAAUGUCUCGGACACUUGGACUCAGCGGCAUCUAUUCCUUCCUCCACUGGGGACUCUAUCCUAUCCUCCCUUUCCCUCCCUCCUUCUGGCAGGGUGCGGCACACAAACCGAUCAGGAUCAGCUCCUGUGCCGAACCUUGCCUUGAGUCCCGCUACAUCGACAGAGAAGUCCAGUAGCAGGCAAAGUAGCAGAACAGUGUCGCAAAUCGCACCUGUGAUUGGGACAAUAUCCGGUAAAGAGCUCACUCAGAGGACUUUAGGAAGAGACAGUGAAAAUGAACUGAUAAACAAAGACGCUUCCAGUUACACAAGGACAAAAUUAAGGUCAUGUCCAGCAAGCGAGAUUUUGGAGAACGUUCCAGAGGAGGAACACUUUGUUGGGAAUAUGCUGGUUACUGUAGUCAGUCAAACACCUACAAGCAGUGAAGCGGAAGACACUGAUGAAGCUCAACUGCGACCAGUGAGAAGAAGCGCCCAGAGGAGAAGUAGUAGUACAAGAGCACUGGAGCAGGACAGGAAGAUUAAAGAAGAAAGGCUUGAAGAUGACAGCAAGACAUGCUCAGGAACUGCGCAGGACAUCGUAUCCCAUGAAGGCAAGCAUCUGCCUGCUGUCCUUGCCUCCUGUAUGAAGCGUCAACUUAGAGUCGUCAUCCCAAGACUGGAUAUCAGAGAUGUUACUCAACUUGUGUCACUGAACAGCAUGAACACCAUGGCUACCACAGCCAGUGAGGAACAGAUUACAAAAUCCCCUAAGUCAGUCAUUCACAGAGCACGCAUGCACAGUAGAAAUGCUGACUCUGUGAACCGAAAGAGGAAACUCGAUUGCACAUGGACCCCUGAAAAGAGCCUGAGUGGCACAACUGAUAAGCAAGUCUGUGCUGGGUCACCCUGUAUUCCCACAGUCAUGCUUGCAAGGAUGGAUAGUUCAGAAAAGGCCUCUCCUGUAAAUGAAUCCACUGAUGACAUCGUUGUUGAUUCAGAAGAUGAAGCCACUGAGAAUGUGAAAGGCAGACUGUUUUCAACUCGAUACUGCAAGACCAAGAACAACACUUAUGUUCCCACUUUACACGAGUUCUGGACACCUGUUUUCUUUCGUCGGGACCUUGUGUCUCCAGGAAAUGGGUACAGAUGAUAUUUAUUUAAAUAGAUGUUUUGCUACUGCCAAACAACUGUGCUACCACUGAUGUAGCAUUUUUUUCUAUGUUUUGUUGAUGAGUAACUGUUUAGCACUCUUUUAAACUAUUGCAUAAAUAUACUAUAUGUUUCCCUUUUCCUAAGUAGUUAUUAUGGAGUCAGAUAUCAGUAUCUGUGUUUAUGUCAGUAUCAGUAUUUAUAACAAGAUGCUGUGCAUUAAAGGGGAAUUCCAUUGUUUUUUCUGUACAAUUCAAUCAUUGAGAUGCAAAAAAAGCUAUUCAGUGUUUUGAUGUGAAAGUGUGUGAAAAUUACUUAGAUUUCUGAAUAGUGGUGGUGAUAGAAAUUAGGGGUCAUAGUGUCUAUUACACAAAUAUAGCCAUUCGAUUUGUGUGAAGUAGCUUUUAAGGCUUUGGGUUAUUGGUUUCUAUCACUAUUUAUAUGAACAGUUCUGACUCGGUCGGUAUUUCACAUGAAAACAUUCAGAAUAACUUUGUUUCUGCAUUUACCAUUUCAUUUAUUUUGACUUGAUU